GAGCCGAUGAAACGGUAUGCGUGUGUGUGCGCGCACAUGUAUGUGCGAGAAAAUGCAUGCAGGUUUUUUUUUCUCUCUCUCUAUCUCAGAAUUUAUGGUUUAAAAAAAUCUCAAAUUUUUCAAACCCCAAUGUCAUUUAAAUACAUUUUGAAAGUGCGUCGUUGAUAUCCCCAAAUAGUCUUCAAAAGAAAACGUGAGCAAAGCGGGGCGGGAUACAGUGUGUCACCUGACUGGUGUACGAAAUCAAGGCUACGCGGUUUAUCUUAUUCAGCCGUCCCUGUUUGUUUUAUACUUCAAUCGUCUUUGCAGCAAGGCAGAAGUAAACGAGGGAAACAAAAUGAAUUCGACGAAGCAUAAAUUCUCCAACAGAAUAAUCAAUGAACAGAAGAGUAAUAUUUGGGAAGAGAUUUUACAACUAUCUGGCCAACAUGGAGCUCUGAAUUUAGCUCUGGGAUUUCCAGACUUUGCGCCACCAAAGCAUAUUCGUAAUGCGCUAGCCCACGUGACCAACGAAUCCAACCAUAUGAUCCACCACUACACAAGAACGCUAGGCCAUCCACGAUUGGUGAAGAUUCUGGCUAAAAUCUACAGCCGAGAGCUUCAGCAGACUUUGGAUCCUAUGAAGAACGUGAUCACUACAAUCGGCGCAUAUGAGGCGAUGUACGCCGCCUUCCAGGGCUUAGUCAACCCUGGUGACGAGGUUAUAUUGCUGGAACCUUGUUAUGAACCAUACAAAGUGGUGGCAGGUCUAGCGGGAGCCAUUAUUCGCUUUGUGCCGUUAAUUCCGAAACAAGGCUCAAAUGAAAGUGAUGACUGGAAGUAUGAUAUUGAAACUUUGAAGGCUGCUUUCAACGAGAAAACUAAAGCAAUUGUAGUGAACAAUCCAAUGAACCCGCUUGGGAAAGUUUUCACCAGGGAGGAACUGCAAGAGAUAGCAGACCUAUGUGUGAAGUAUGACGUACUGUGCUUUUCUGACGAGGUCUACGAAUGGCUUAUCUAUGGAGAGCGAGAGCGUGUUCGAAUAGCCACCUUAAAUGGAAUGGCUAAUAGAACGAUAACCAUGGGCAGUGCUGGUAAAACUUUCAGUGUCACAGGGUGGAAAAUUGGUUGGGCAAUUGGUCCCGCUCAUCUCAUCUCCGCCAUGCAUUUAUUCCAUCAUCUGGCUGUUAGGGGUACACCUUCGGUGUUGCAGGAAGCGUUGGCUAUGGCAUUUGAAACAGAGGAAAUUCGAAUGGAAAACGCUGAUUGCUACUUUUCCCUGCUGGCUAAAUCAAUGGAACAGAAGCGAGACGAAAUGUCGGCUUAUCUAGAAAAUGCAGGACUACAGCCAAUCACUCCUGGCGGGGGCUAUUUCAUUGUCGCUGACAUUUCCUCUAUAGAUACAGAAAACAGCAUUGACCACGGAAACCAAGAGGCUUACGACUCCCAGUUUGUCAAGUGGGCUAUCAAAGAAAAGAAAAUCACCCUUAUUCCCUUGUCCAUUUUCUACAGUGAGGAGCAUAGGCAUUUUGGAGAAAAAUUUGUCAGAGUCUGUUUUGCAAAGACAGAAGACGCAUUACAGAAAGCUAGAAGGAUUUUGAAAAACUGGAGUGAAAAGAACGAAAAUGGCGUUUGCAAUGGACAUAAUGGAAAUUUAAGUGGUCAUGGAGUAAAGUAACAAAUUACAAACGUAAACAGAAUUGUAUUAUAAACUAAUGUUUUGUUAUGUAAACAUUUCACUCAUACUAAUGUGUUCAUGUUAGAGAUAUCAUUUACUAGAUAGAUCUAUCCGGUUACUCGAUCACAUUUCGAUAGAGUACCUGGGAUUUUACAUAUUUUAUAUUACGUAAUAUUGAUGAGUUCUUAGUGGGAAUGUAUACAUGUAUAUGUACACCUUCAUCUUUUAUGUAAACUAUUUAUUAUCAAAAUGUUAUAUUUGGACUUACUGUUGUAGGCUGAUAAGCUGAAAUAAACAACUUUUGUUUCUAUAA